UCAGUCUCCACAUGAAUCUCUCUCUCUCUCUCUCUCUCCCUCAUCAAUUUUUCUUCACUUUCUCUCUCUAAAAGCGACGUUUUAUAUAAACUCAACAACACAGUACCGAGUUUCUGGAUCAUCGCGAUCUUCAUGCUCCGAUUGUUUCUCCAUUUUCAUCUUGUCCGCUUCUUACUCUUUCCCAAUCCAUUUCUCUCUUCACAUUGUCUGAACCAACCCAUUUAUCUUUUCUCAUCAAUUUCAUUCCCAUCAUCAACCUUUCAUCCAAAAGCCUCUAACUUGCUUUCUGGGUCUCACAGAUUCACCCUCCAACUUUUUCUUUUCCUCUUUCAUUUUGUAAUAAAAACUCAAAAAACGAAGAAAAAUUGUUCCCUUUUGUGGGAAAAUUCAGUGGAUUACACAGAUCUGCACUUUAUGUACAUGUGUCGUAUAAAAAAAUAGUUCUUUUGUUUUUUGGUUUUCCAAAUAUAUUUAUUUCUAUAUCUCUUAUAUCUUAUCCUUAUCUUAAUCCAUGACUGUAAAUGAAUGAAUGAUUUCAAUUUACCAAUCACAAUCUGAAAAGGUGUGUAAUUUAAAAACUAAUUGUAGUAAAAGUUUAAAAAAAGUAAUGGGCUAUUGAGUUUUGAGGUUGAAGGUGAAGUGUUUGUGAAAAAGGUUCAAUUUUUGUGUGUUUUUGUUAAGUGGGUUGUGACGGAUUCAUCAAGAGAAGAAAGUUUUUGUUCAGGUGUACUGGAUUGUGUGAUAAGCAUUCUAAGGGCCCUAAAGAUGGGGUCCUGCUUCUCUACGGAAAGCAGGAGCCCUCAUCCGAAUUCGCCCUCAUCCUCAUCAUCGUCUUUUAGGAAGAAUAGAAAAAACAGUAAAAAGAAGCUUGGAUCAAGAACUUCUUCUUUUGAGUAUUGGAGGAAUGAGCCUCUUCAUAAGAUUCAUGAUAGGAUCUUCCUUAAUGGUUCAUCUCAAUUUGCUUCCUUGUUUACUCAACAAGGAAAAAAGGGUACCAACCAAGAUGCUAUGCUUGUUUGGGAGAACUUUUGUUCUAGAGAAGAUACAAUAUUCUGUGGAGUUUUUGAUGGCCACGGUCCAUAUGGUCAUAUGGUUGCAAAAAGAGUGAGGGAUUCUCUUCCUCUAAAACUGAAUACCCAAUGGGAACUUAAUGUAUCUGGCGAUGAUGUCCUCAAGGAGAUUAGCGUUAAUGCUGCAGCCAGUAUGAACUCGGAAGAUGCCACAUUUGCAUCUGCAGAUGAAGAAUCCAGGGUAUCCAUUGAUACUGAGGAAAUGGAAAAACUCCCAGAAAUCUUUCACACACUUAAAGAGUCCUUUCUGAAGGCAUUUAAAGUUAUGGAUAGAGAAUUGAAGAUGCACCAAACUAUUGAUUGCUUCUGUAGUGGGACAACAGCAGUAACACUGGUUAAGCAGGGUCGUGAUCUUAUUAUUGGAAAUAUUGGUGACUCUAGAGCUGUGUUGGGUACAAGAGAGAAAGACAAUUCUCUUGUUGCAGUCCAGUUAACUGUGGAUUUAAAACCCAAUCUUCCAGCCGAAGCAGAGAGAAUUCGCAAAUGUAAAGGACGUGUUUUUGCUCUCCAUGAUGAACCCGAAGUUUGUCGAGUCUGGUUGCCAAACAGUGAUUCCCCUGGCCUUGCCAUGGCAAGGGCUUUUGGAGAUUUUUGUCUGAAAGAUUUUGGUCUGAUAUCUGUUCCAGAGGUGUCAUACAGAAGACUCACCGAGAAGGAUGAGUUUGUUGUCAUGGCAACAGAUGGGAUUUGGGAUGUGCUAUCUAACAAGGAAGUGGUAGACAUUAUAGCAGCUGCACCACGGCGUGCAACAGCAGCUAGAUCACUGGUUGAGACAGCAGUUAGAGCAUGGAGAUACAAAUAUCCAACUUCGAAAGUCGAUGACUGUGCCGUGGUUUGUCUCUUUCUAGACAAAGGCAUGCAAAAAAUAUCAACCGCUUCUCAUGCCAACAAGUCCAAAGAGCAUUGUCCUGGUUCAGGAAUUCAAGUCGGCAACAAUGGUGAUGAUGAGGAAGGUGUUUCUGAACCUAAUGCUCUAGAAAGAUCAGGAACAUGCAGGAAAGCCAAUGACAAUAAUAAUACAUCACAUGAAGAUAAAGAAGAGGAAGAGUUUAAGGAAGAGGAAGAGAUUGAUCCUGACUUAGAGAAAGAGUGGUCUGCUCUUGAAGGUGUAUCGCGUGUCAACACAUUAUUAAACCUUCCAAGAUUUACUCCUGAUAAAGAAGACAAAGCAGCUGCAGCAGCAAGGAGCAAAAAACUCAAAUGAAAUAAUUCAACCAAGGAAUAUUAAGAUGGCCCUUUAUUUUUUUUGUUUUUGUUUUUUGUUUUGUUUUUCUUCAACAUUAUUAUAGAUACAUACAUUUUUUCUUUUGUUUUUUUGUUACAUGUUUUUAGAAUUUUCCAUUCCCACCAAUUUGAUGGUUUUUUGUUUUGGUCUUAGAAAUUUGUCCGGGCUGUUUUAGUAUGCCUGGAAAUAUGUCCCUCCUCUCAUGCGUGCUUCAAAAAUUUUGUGAAAUCAAAACUCUUGAUACUUUAUAAUUUUUUUGUUUGGUUGGAUAAAGUGUUGA